AUGACGUUUCCUCGGUUGGUUCUAAGGCUUGCGUGUGCUCGCCGUUCCUUGCUGGCGCCAACCUUUCCGCACUGCCAAAGUAGAGCUUCCACGGCAUUCUCCUCAGAUGCCGCCUUUUGCCGUCAAACCGCGAAGGUGUUGUAUUCUUUGGAGCGUUUCCAUCGGCAGAACAGCUCGCAGAAUGAACGGCGAAAGGUGGAGCGUCAGGCGUGGCGUGAACUGCAGAAACUUCCAGACGCGGUAGCGGACAGCGCGUCCAUUCACGACGUCACGGAUAUUGUAGCUGCCUGGUGCUACUUUUCGCGAUUCUGGGCGUUGGGGAUGCAUGGGCCAGAGGAGACGGCCGACGAAAAGCAAAAGGGGGGAGUCUUGGAGAGGAAUGAUAUUGACAUCCCACUGGUGGAGCGUCGGGCACCGAAGGCACGAUCCCCAACAGUCGACGAGGCCCCACCACCACGCGCCAACCCACUGGAUGAGGUGAUUGAGUUUUGA